GUUAUGGUUUUGCGUGUUCUGUGUUCUAUAAGUAGUUAAGAAUUGAUAUUGAUGUUAUUAGUUGUAGCGUCUUUUGAAUUAAGAUAUUUUGAAUUGUUAACUAAUCAAUUGAAACAUUUUUGGUAUCCAGCAGCUCAUGUUUAAUAUUCUUUUGACUUCAUAAAAUACUUAACAAAGUAAGGUACUCUCGCCAAUAUGAGUAAAAGAAAUAGUCCUGUUCCUCCUGAGCAGCUAGAACCUGUUGCAGCUGAAGAAUUUGUUGUGGAAAAAAUCAUUAGCAGUCGAGUCAAUGAAAAGGGAGUAACAGAGUACUACUUGAAAUGGAUUGGAUAUGAUGAAAAAGAAAAUUCAUGGGAGCCUGAAGAGAAUUUGGAUUGUCCAGGUCUUAUUGAAGCAUUUAAGAAAGAUCAAGCACGAAAAGAAAAAGAUGCAGAGAGGAAAAGGAAGUUGAGUAUACAAUCUGAUGGAAAAAGUACAAAGAAAAGGAAUGACGAAAAAAAAUCCCUGGGGUUCGAUAGGGGUCUACAGCCAGAGAAAAUAAUUGGCGCCACUGAUAGUCCAGGUCAACUGAUGUUUCUGAUAAAGUGGACAGGAACAGAUGAAGCAGAUCUAGUUCCUGCCAAAUUAGCAAAUGAAAAGUGUCCUCAAGUGGUAAUAAAAUUUUACGAAGAGCGUCUGAAGUGGCAUUCUCCCAAUUUAGAAGAGAACAAAACCAACCCCGAGUAAUUUUUUGAAAUAUUCUAUAAGCAUAGACUAUAAGAUAAUAGAAAUAUUGACUUGGUAAACUGAAGCCAGUAUCGGAAUCAAUUUGGUUUUAUUUUAUAGAAACAAAGUCUGUAACUAAAUAUAUGUAUUUUUUUUUGUGAUUAGUUUGUCUGGUUUCAAUGCAAUUCAACAUUCAUCAAACUUUUUUCAGGAAAUUAUUUUUUUUUGUCAAGGUAGUUGAUAUCUCAUUGUUUACUUGGAAGUUGAAUGGUAACUGUGAUAAUAAUCAUACAAUUAUGCUUAUUGUAUAAUUAUUAUCAUAAAUUUUCACCAAUAAAGUUGAUUGAAUAGUAAAGAAAGAAGUUAUAUAUUGAACUUUGACGCAAGAUAUGAAGUGGACAAAAGACCAUCAUGUAACUUUUUUCUGAAAGCAAUGAAAAUAACACCAGCCUUUGAUAUUGAAAUUUUUAUAAAAUCUUUAUUGUUUCUCAUUUUUUGUGAAAUAUUUCAGUCACUGUAACCACUAGAAUAUUUUUCUAUUUGUGAUUUAUGUACUAGUUAUUAAAGUCUGAUUUGUCUGACA